AUGUUUUUACUUAACGAGAACGAGGAAUCCCCUAAGGAUAUCCUCAUGAACGAGCUCAAGUAUAAAAUACGAGUUCUGGCCGGAGUCGUCUUUGUUAUCAGAACCAUCCCCAUGGUUUUAAGCUUAUUCAACAAGAGCGCCGACUGA